UUUUUUUGGAUUUAAAAACGCGAUGGAUGAGCAAGAGGGUCCGUUAGACUUCCAGGCGUUGAGGGCCAAGUUCCAGGACAAACAAUUAAUGCUGGGGCCACCAAAAACCAAACCUGUUAUCCCUGAGAAACCAAAAGUCGUCUCUCCUCCCCUAAGCCCCACUCAGCACCUUCCGCCAGGAGCACGCCCCUCCCUGCUCUCCUCCAUCAGUCAGGCCUUGGACUCAAAGUCGGUCAAUGCUCCCAGAGUGAUAUUCAAAGAUGAGAACAAGGACAACAAAAAGCUUCUUACGCAUGGUAACUCAAAGCCCAAAGACAAAUCUGACGGGAAGACAAAGGAGAGUAAGGACAAGACAAAGGAGAGCAAGGAGAAGCUGAAUGAAAACUCAUCGGAUCACAAGAAGAACGGAAAGAAGCAUCCGUCCUUUGGGACACAGAAGGAGAGCACAGCCGAGUCAGUGCCAGCCUUGCCUCCUCCAAAGUCCAAAACACAGAGGAAGAAGAAUGUUCUUGGUUUCAUAAAGUCUUCCAAAAAGGAUCCAGCAGCGACCUCGGCUGACUCAAUCCUGGACUUGACGAACGUGAACCUUCCUGGACCUACACCGCUGAUCCCAUUGGCUUCUGAUGCUGACGAGGAGGAGUCUAUAUACUCUGUACCGAAGCAGAUCCCACGAAAGAUCAUCAUCCCUGAAUCCAGUGCUGCAGUGGACCUGACGACGCUCUCACCAAUUCCCGACCCUCCUGACUUCUCUCCUCCGCCUGCCUUGAUCCCAGCUACCCCAGUUUUCAAAAUCCCACCCCCACAGAGCGAAACCCCACCUCAGAUUGAAAGUCCUGUUUUGUCAGUUUCUGACCCGCCCAGCCAAAACAGAAUUGCUCCCAUUCCUUCCAUUGAUGCUCCCCUUCGCCCAACCAUUCCUGCUCCCUCUCCCCCACUCGCUAAUGCGCAUCCUCUUUCCGUUGCAACUCCUUCCCCUCCAACCGUUGUGACUCCCUCCCCGUCAGAUGCCGUAGAUCCUUCUCCUCCAUCCACUGCCCCUCCUUCCCCUCCAUCCAGAGCUGUCCAUGCCCCACCCAGAGCUAUUUUCUCUCCUCCACCGAGUUUUGCCAACUCGGAUCCUUUUCCCAAGUUCUCUGCCCCCUCCACCGAGCUUCAGGCAGCAGCUGGUUCUGACGUGGAGGUGGCACUGCCAGCUGCUGUGGAAGCAAUUUACUCUACUCCUUCCAAACUAGAACGUCCCAUCUCCGCCCUGUCCGCCCUGGAGAGGGCAGAGGACAUGAAUUCUGGGAAGAGAACCCCUCCGAGUGACCCGAGGAUCUUAAGCGCUCUGGAGAAGGCACGCAAGAAAGGCGCCAGCCCCACUCCUCCACCCGAAGACUUUCCUUAUCACCUGAAUCCCGCCCUCAGCGAUGCAGAGUUGCCGCCCUUCGACUAUGAGGGAAAGAAACUCCCGUUGAUUAAGUCAGAAGUUGACGGCCCCGACCACAGGGCAGCUUCUCCGGCAUUGCAGAGCCUCACGGAGGAGGGGUCUAACCCACCCAGACAGGUCCUACCAGACCGAGAGACUUUGGGUCCGGCUCCAGAGAAACCUAAAAGACCUCAGUCUGCCAACAUGAGUCAAUUCAGCCCCCCUCCUAUCAUACCUGAAGAGAUUCCGGUUCCACUUGAGUUUUUAGAGGCCGAAGCCACAGACGUACCCGGAUUUGACGAUUUGGAGGACGCCUACAGCCCAGAGCUGCCGGUGUCCGAAUGUGGGAAUGAGGAACACACGGGUGCCGACGUUCCAGACAAACCAACCCAGACACAGUUUUAUGGCAACGGAAUAACUCAUCCAGAAACAGAGGUCCAAACUAAGACGGCAUAUGGAGAAAUUAAGCUGGACAAUCCUCUGCAGGAACAAUCCCUAAAGCCCACUGAGGACUACUCUACACCCAAACAGGACCCUCAAGCACUGCUCCACAGCAGUCUGUACGAAAGCAACGACGACGUGUACGAAGCCAUUAACGUGAGCUCCAGCAAAAAGAAGGGGAAGAGCAACAAGAAACACAAAGGGGCCCCAAAAAAUCCAUAUGUCGAGUCUGGACAGGAAACGGUUCAGGAGAAAACCAAGAUGAGCAGGUUCGGCAGGAGCGAGAAGAAGCACACCUCGGAAAAGCCGGAUGAGAAGGAGCUGAAAAAGAAGGAGAAGCAGCGGCUGGAGAAGGAGAAGAAGGAGCUGAAGGAGAAACAGGAGCGGGAGAAGAAAGAGCAGAAGGAGAGGGAGAAGAAGGAGAAUGAGAUGAAGAAAAAAUUCAACGUCACAGGGCAGGAGGAAGCCAUGUACCAGGCAAAGGUAAAGGUCACCGCAAAGGGCCGUAAGCACGAUCUGCCCGUCAAGAGCGGCGACGUCAUCAGCAUCAUCCGAACCACCGAGUGCCCCAAGGGGAAGUGGCUGGCCAGGGACAGCAGCAACACCUACGGGUACGUCUCUGUGGACCACGUGGAGAUGGACUUUAAGGAGAUUUUGGAGCUGGGAAAGAAGACUCCCCGCAACAGCGCCGUCAUUGAGACCGAAGCCACCACAGACGGCAAGGUGUUGAAUCACUUCAGUCGUUCGCCGGGAAGCUUCUCAGAUGACAGUGAGGAGUGGACCUGCGACGACGAAACGCUCUCACCCAACCCGGAUGCUUCUGACCAGUUGCCAGGGGUUCACACACGGGCCAUCUCCAUGCCAGAGAUGGGAAACCCGGACCUGGACAUAAACCACCAGCACAGUCACAGUGACAUGAAUGAAAACCCUCAGAUCCAAGCGAGACAGGAAGCACUUCACAAGUUGGCGACAUUCUUCAGCUCAUCGAAAUCUGUGGAUCCAGCUCCAAUUGAUCCCGAACCAGAAAGGAGGAGUCCUACACCUGUGCAAGAAGAAGCUGCUAUUGUGCCACAGGAAAGUUUAACUCAGGAGACAGAGUUUGACCCUUCAGCCGUCAUCUUACCUCCUCCUGACAUGUACGCAGACUCAGACUCCAUGCUGGAUUCAUCGCUGUACAGCGAGCCAAUCAGAAAUCUCCCACGUUGACCAGGAUCUUCCUACCGUGGCAAGCUGCAGCCAUGUGAUCCUUUGCCAAAAAUCAGCAUCUUCCUUACUUCAAUAUUUAUCUGAGAACUGCAAAUAUGGAUCAAUACACUGAGGAGUGAAGCAAAGUCUAGGCAAAUGGAUAUGUUACUGCUGUUCCUUGACGAUGUCUGUGUGAGGAUUCUUUACGAUGGACCUGGAUGAAGUCUCCUUUUCUCAAGAGGACAUAAAAGCAACAAUAAAAACUUUACAGACCGACACAGACUGGACAAUACCAGAAAAGUACAACUAGUGGUGAAGUAAAGGAUUAAUUAAACUGCAGUUUUUCUACUUUCCUAUGCAAACUAAGAGAAGUAAAUCAACUUUUCUUCAGAUUAACCGUCAAUCCAAAGUUGGAUCACAGCUGAGAUAACCCGACAAGAGCCUGAAUCUUUGUCCUUGUCUGCAUGAAGCGUCAAGAAGAGUAGGAUCAUUCUUAUCUAUAAAAGUCUAAGGGUUUGCUGCAAGGGACUGAAUAUUUGAAAUGAGCUAAGUCAUAAAUAACCACCUUCUGUUUUCUCCAACUGCACCAACACAAUUUAACAGUUUCCACAGAAUUAUCCGGAACUGGUCAGUUUAAUUUCCAAGUGUUUGCAUCACUGUUUUUUUGUGUGUUUUUUUUUUUUUUACUUUACAGGGAUCUUUUUCUACUUUUUGUUAAAAUUUCAGAUCACCACUUUAGCUUGUUUAAGAGUAUGUAUCUAUUGUUGUUAUGAUAUUUAAAUGAUCUCUGAUGUAGAAAAGGAUAGUUUUUUGAAGAGAGAUUGAAUGAAGUUAUCGGUAACAUUUCCCUUACCCGUAGUAGGAAGGUGAACGUAGCGCUGGAAGGUUGCCUGUUUUAGAUUGCAAAAAUUUGCUAAAUCUGGGCUAUUAGCUUCCACAUUUCCAUGGACUUAUUCACUACUCACUGCAAAAU